AUGAAACCAUCAGGGCUAGCUUCAGCAUCAAUUCUCUUUGGCCUAGCUCUCUCUAAGUCUACUAUCAGUAUCCCGUCCAGGCCGCGCCAAACCUAUCCGUACAUGCCAGUUUCCAUCGAUCUUUCCAGUCCGCAUGCGCCGCUUGGGGAUGUCGUAAUUGGCGCCCACAUAGUAGGGGCUAUGAUGACUGAAGGAAACUAUUCCCAUAUAAGCGGUACAUUCACAGUACCUACCCCGGCGGUGCCUCCAGGUGGCAAAGCUAGCAAUAUGUACUGUGUGCGAGUUGAACUAAGGAUGUGUUCUGACUGUAUUUCGGGGCCGGUGUAUACCAUAGGGUCAAGUUCUUGCACUGAAAAUGGGUCUUACAUGUUUUCUUUGUAUUACGAGAAUGGGACACUUCAUCCCUAUGCUAGUGCUAGUGAUGAGAUUCGCAUAACCGUAGACGCAUAUGCAGGCAACUUUACCGUUGAAAAUCUCAGCCUCGGCGAGAACACUAGCAAAGUUUUCGUCAACAACCCGCAUCGUUCGUUAACUAUGUCUCGGGUGGUCUGGGGCAUGGAGCUUCCAUUUGAGUCUGAAACAGCAGACUUUGGCACUGUGCAAUUCGGGGAUUUCUCUGCGGUCAGAUAUAGCAAACUAGUUGAUUUAAAUGGGAGCAAGCCGUUGAGGCUGCUUUUUAACAACUCUAACCCGCAGUUCACCAUCGCGCCCACAAUUACAGAUCACUCGAUGACAAUUAAAUAUCCAGUUAAGUGA